AUGAUUCAGUCAGACCCAGGGGCAGAUCUACCAGACAAGGACAGGAAGCUUUCCACGGCGGACCACGUGGAGAAUGGUCUCUCCAGAAUCCUGAGGCUCCUGCUGCAGGAGCUGAGUCUGUUCUACAGCCGCGACGUGAGCGGAGUGAGCCUGCUGUAUGACCUUCUGCACUCCCCGUGGCUGCAGGCGCUGCUGAAGGUUUACGGCUGCCUCCAGGAAUUUAGAGAAAAGAAGCCAGUUCCUACCACACACUGCGCACAGCAGUUAUCCCGGGAGGUAGUGGAGCAAUUACAUGAAAGCCCUGAUUCCCUUGAGAUCCAGGAGCUGAGACAAAUCCUCCAGGCUCCACACUACAAGGCCUUGCUCAGCGCGCACGACACGGUGGCACAGAAGGACUUUGAGCCCCUCCUCCCGCCACUGCCAGACAGUCUCCCUGGAGAUGAAGAAGCAACGAGGAUUGUUUGUUUGGUGAAAAACCAGCAGCCCUUGGGAGCUACUAUCAAGCGCCAUGAGAUAACAGGGGACAUCCUGGUGGCCAGGGUCAUCCACGGAGGGCUGGUGGACAGGAGUGGGUUGCUGUAUGCUGGAGACAAACUGGUGGAGGUGAACGGGGUUUCUGUUGAGGGGCUGGAGCCUGAGCAAGUGAUCCACAUUCUGGCGAUGUCCCAGGGCACAGUCGUGUUCAAGGUGGUUCCGGUUUCCGACCCGCCCGUGAGCGGCUGGAGGACGGUGCACGUGCGCGCCAUGGCCGAGUACCGGCCGCGGGAGGACCCCGCCAUCCCCUGCGCGGACGCGGGGCUGCCCUUCCGGAAGGGGGACGUGCUGCAGGUCGUGGACCAGAGCGACGCCCUCUGGUGGCAGGCCCGGAGAGCCUCCGAGCCGGCGGCCUGCGCGGGGCUCAUCCCCUCCGCUCACCUGCUGAGGAGGAAGCAACGAGAGUUCUGGUGGUCUCAGCCGUACCAGCCUCACACCUGCCUCAAACCAUCCAUAUCAAUUUCUAUGGAAGAAGACGAUUACAUGAAGAUUGAUGAGAAGUGUGUGGAAGCAGAUGAAGAAACAUUUGAAUCUGAGGAACUUUCAGAAGACAAGGAGGAAUUCGUGGGCUACGGGCAGAAGUUCUUUCUUGCCGGCUUCCGCCGCAGCCUGCGCCUCUGUCGCAGGAAGUCGCACCGUGGCCAGCUGUGGGCCAGCCUACGUGGCACGGGCACUGGCGGCUGCUGCACGGCCGUGGGGACUCCGUAUGAGGAGGUGGCCAGGUACCAGCGCCACCCGGCAGACAGGCACCGCCUGGUUGUGCUCGUAGGGCCUUCUGGUGUUGGAGUCAAUGAACUGAGAAGACGACUUAUUGAAUUUAACCCCAGCCAUUUUCAAAGUGCUGUGCCACACACCACUCGUUCCCCAAAAAGCUACGAGAUGAACGGGCGUGAGUAUCACUAUGUGUCCAAGGAAACAUUUGAAAGCCUCAUCUACAGUCACAGGAUGCUGGAAUGUGGCGAGUACAAAGGCCACCUGUACGGCACCAGCGUGGAUGCUGUUCACACGGUUCUUGAUGAGGGAAAGAUCUGUGUCCUGGACUUAGAGCCUCAGGAUAUUCAAGUGGCUCGAACCAGUGAACUGAAGCCCUAUGUUAUAUUUAUAAAGCCAUCUAGCAUGAGUUCUAUGAAACAGUCCCGGAAAAAUGCCAGGAUUAUUACCGACUACUUUGUGGACAUGAAGCUCCAGGAUGAAGACCUACAAGAGAUGGAAGAAUUAGCCCAGAAGAUGGAAACUCAGUUUGGCCAAUUUUUCGAUCAUGUGAUUGUGAAUGACAGUUUCCAAGAUGCAUGUGCCCAACUGUUGUCUGCCAUACAGAGGGCUCAGGAGGACCCUCAGUGGGUACCAGCAACAUGGAUUUCCUCUGAUACCGAGGCUUAAUCGGGCGUCUUGCUUCAAACUGGAAUUUUAGCACUGUACCCUUGUCACAGAUGACAGCAGUAUUUGACCCUAAUAAUAACGUGUGCAAUGUGUAAAGCACUGGUUUAUUCAGGCACUCUUAUUUGAAGAAACUGCGUGGUUAUAUAUGGUGUCAUAUGUAUUGCAUGGUUACACAGGCAAUUUUUUUUUUCCUGUACUUUAUAUGAAACAGCAGUAGAAAUAGGCCAGGGAUAUAGCUCAGUGGUGUAAGUGCCGUGUCGGGCAAGCACAAGGUACUGAGUUCGAUUCCCGGUACCAAAAAACCCCCACAUAAUGCUAACAGAACCGUUCAUAGAUUGCAUUGUCUUUGUACGAUUCUGGGAAAAAGACCUCUCCUAAAUAAAAUAAGCGGUAUUUAAUUUCAAAAA